CAAAACAAAGAUAAUGUGUAGUGUUUACACCAAAGUUUAAUUAAUUAAGAUAAGUGCUAUAUGGGCUAUCUUAAAUUAAAUUUGGACUACACUUCCUACAAUCUGUAAACAUAGAGCAAUAACUUCUUUUCAAAUAGAAUUAUUAUCAAUAUUACACGGUUAUUAUAAAAUAUGUGUGUAGUUUUGGUGCCAAAAGCUAGUGGUGGGUGUGAAUGUAUUUGUGAACGUGCUUGAAAUAAGUGUUGAUUAAACCAUGGUGGCGAUGGUCGAAGUUGCUAAUAAUAACUAUUUCGCGUCAUUUUUACCUACUGUAAAUUCACCGCCUGUUCCCCAUCGAGACAUCACGGGGGCAAAUACAACAUCAUAUCGGCCAUAUAACGAAGAAUACAAUUCCGUUCAGCACCACUUAGACAGACCACUUCAACAAGAAAUAGAAGUUGAUCGCGCCAAAAAGGACAAAAAAUGGUCUAUUGGAAAACUUUUUAGAAGAAAAAAGAAGGAAGAUGAAAGCGGUUCGUCUUCACAAAGUGAAGAUGGUGGCACUAACCGCUCGCCAUCGAAAAGGAAAAGCAAAAAGAAGAAACGGGCUCCAGUAGUUAAUAACUUUGAUCACAUAGUGAUAAGAGAUACAAGACGAGCUCAAAGUUUAGCCAACCCAAAUAUCCAUGAUCUUAACGAUGAUGGUGUUUUGUCCGAUCCUUCAGCUGGUUUUCUCAAUUACAAAAUAAAUAGCCAGGAAAUAUAUGCUCCUGAAGAAUCUAUACAGAUUAAAGACGAUACACCUCGUUUGGGAAAAGGAAUUUUAGAAACUCCUUCGCGUAAAAAAAGGAAAAGUAGAUUAAAAGCGCGUGUUGAGGCCCUUAGAAAUAGUAUGAAAGGAGAAUCCAGUAGUGAAGAUGAGUCCCUAAAAUCAUCUUCAAAUUCCUCUUCUAUGAUUCGAUUUCGAAGUGAGGAUUCAUUGAUGAGAUCUCGAGACAGUUCUUUGAAUAAAAGAUCAAGAAAUGCCCGUAAUGAAAGGUAUAUUAAAAGGCUGUCUCGUGACGAAGAACACCAACUGAAUAAAGAAGCUGAGUUACUACAACAAGGCUAUACUAAAGCUGAAGUUGAAAUGUUAACAAGAACACCGACCAGUCAAAGUAGUGGUUACGGAACAUGCAAACGCGAAACAACAAAUAAUAAAGCAUCUGACCAAAUAAUUGUAAAUGAAACAAAUAGACGUCCAAUGAAAUCUGAGUCUAUAUCAUCGUUCCCAUCAACUCAAAGUUACCCAUCAUCCAUAAAUUUUAAUGCAAAAGUAAAUAAUGAACGUAUCAACUACGCUAUACAAUAUUCAAGUAACAACGUGAAUCGAGGAUCAUUACAUAUUAAUAACAAUAGAGAAGGAAGUGUUUCAAGCCAGUAUGAAAAUCCAGAAAGUAUAAUUUGCGUCAAAUUUCCAUUGGGAAAUGUGGCAAAAAAAGAAGAAAAGGCUCCUCCAGUGCCACCGCCACGGGAUAUGCAUCGAAAGGUGGUAACACCGGUAUCAAUGCACUAUGAAAACAGUCACGUAGCAGCAGAUAGAAUAACGAAUAAUAACAACAGCUUUAAAUAUGGUGUACCUAAUAAUGAUUUUGAAAGAUUAAUGAGGAGGAGUCAAGAAAGAUUUGUUAAUUAUGGGAUGAAUGGGUUGCGAAGACCAAUAUCAACUUCUGAAGAUCAUAUAGCUAUGCAAGACAAUGAAUAUGUACAGAAUUACAUGAUUAAGAAUGAGCAACCACGAAGGCCAGCAUCUGUGUCGGCUGAACCUAAACAUUAUGGUAAUUUUGUGAGCAAUACACCGCUAAGAAAAGCUGUAGAUCAAGGGUAUCUUAUAAAACCAGAGCCAAUACAAUUAAAACAGGACUAUCUAUACUACGCUGAUGAAAGCCCGAGGUCUCGCAGGCCUAUAAGUAUCAAAACUAGUCAAAACGGUUACCACAACCAAUAUCUAAGUGACUCACAAGUUUCUUUAGAUCUUAGUAGAAAACCUCAUCAGAGACCACGAAAUGCGUCUGAAUUUUGGAAAAAAAUUGAUGAUGCAGAAAAACAAAAAAGGCAACAAAAUAUUUUUGCUCACUCAAGAAGUAAAAGUGAAUUCAAUGGGGCUACGCAUAAUAAUAGGCUAUUUGCAGACCAUAAAAAUUCUAUAUGGCCUAAAAGUCUAGAUGGCAAAGAUGGAAUUGAUAGUUUAAAUAAAAUCAAGUCCAUUGAUACAAUUGACGGAGCUAAAGUAUGGAAAGCAACUACUGAGUACAAGCGAUCCACUACGAUAGAGCCAAAAUCUACCGCAUCUCCAACUAAAACUCAUACAAGACAUAAGUCGGAUACCUUUGUUUCAAGCUCAAACUUAGCAUCUGAUGAAGAAAAAUGUUCAGAGAGACGAAAAUCUACAAACCUCGAUGAUGCGUUAAAUGAAUUAGAAGCGAUUUACAAUAGUUUGGGUUUAGGAGAUGAAGAUCUUUUAGACAGAGCUGAACGCCGAGAACUGAUGACGCCAAAAUUCAAUGACCAAUUUAACGACUGGAAUGGAAAUGACGACAUUCAAUUAAGUAGUCAACCUUCAACACCGUUGCGACGGCUAUCAAGAAGAUCAACACUACCUGACAAGUUGCAAGAUGAUAUGGCAUUUCGACGCAUGAACUCAUUUGGUAGCAAAGAUAAAUCAAAUCACAAAGAAGCACAGGCUCAGAUUAGCUAUAUGCUAGCCUCUCCCGUGUACGUGCCCUAUGCGUCAGAUGAUGACAGACAAUCAGAGCGUAAUGAGCCUGAUGUAAUUUAUGACGACGUUGUUUACCGAAAUAUAAAACAAACUAACAGUAGACUAAAAACUGUGGAUCCCCAACCACCAUUUGGUAUUCCCGUGGUUCCUAUAUCUCCAGCACCACAAAGUGAUUAUUUACAUGCCACUCCUGAAAAUAAAGGAAGAUCCCGAUUUAUACCAAAAAGAUCUCCCGAUAUUGUAGCUGAUGAUUUAGCAUAUAGAAGUCUGAGAAAGGACAACAGACAUUCAUCACUCUUUAAUGGUGAACACAAUGGUUAUGUUAAUAAUAAUAGUUACCCUGAUCAUCCAUUUAUGAAAGAUUCUGCUGCAAAUAUAAAAAAGAAACGAGCAGUGCGAUCUUUAUCAGCUAAUAUAUUUUCUAUGAUACAGAAAGAAAUAGAUGACGCCUUAAACAUGAGCAAAAUGUCUAAAUUACAAAAAACUCACAGCAACAGCGAUGUCAUGCGAAGGUUACGUGAUACUUUUGAGAAAAAUGACAAUCAAAAGGACUGCCAUCCCCGAAAUAAGGUAAAACAAAGGCAUAAUACAGUUAACUUGUUUGUCAACAGCACUCAUACACCUUCACAUCAUUUUGCAAAAGAUGAUUCAUUUAUUCAUAAAGAUGAUGUUUGUGUUGCUAAACCACCAUCAUGUGAUAAAUCUAAAAGUUCAUCCCCAUCAAAUCGAUCACCACAAGCUUUUAAGCGAUCAUCAAAAGACGAAUUUCAACAGGUUCUUAGUAUGCUUGCACAAGAAGCUAUGGACACUAGUAAUAAGCUAGGCGUAGCUUUAGCAGAGUUAGACAAGAAUCGAAACAAAAAUGAGAUUUCAGACAUCCAGAAUAGGAUAUCAGAUAGUAGAAUGAAUUUUAUGAAUGAAUUAACAAAUAAAAGUUAUGAAUCAUCUGUAUCUGAUUUCAAUGAAAGCCAAGGAAAACCCGUUGCUCAAAAUAAUAAUAUGUCAAAAAAAUCUGCAGAUAAUUCCGUUGAAGACUCAAAAGGGAAAAAAACUGAAGAUAGUUUGAUAAAAAUAUCGGAUCAACUACAUAAAGUUGAAGAUCAGUUAAAGUAUAGUUUUGAGAAAGAGCUCCUGGAAGGUGAAAGCUUAAAAGUUGAUAAAAAUAUAAUUGGCUUUAAGGAGUUAUCAAAAUCAAAAGACUUAUUAAUUUUACAUGACGAAAGCAAUGUGUUAACGCCUGAUGUUAUACCAUUAACGAUAAAAAACGACACCGAAGAAGUUGCAUCGACAGAAAAAACUCAGGAGUCAGAAAUACCUCCACUGCGUUAUAAUCCUCUCAAUCCUUUUUUAAAUACAGAUGAUGCUUUGAAAGAACUCAACGAGAUAAGAGCUUUUAAAGAAUUGAAAGAUGGAAUUUCGGAUCUAAUCGCAGGUAUUACAGAGGUAAAUGAAAAAUUAUUUGUAUCUAAAUCACCCAAAAACGAACAAUGUUCUAUUAGUAGUUCUGAACCAGCUUUGAAACAAGUUAGUGAAAAAUUCAAUAAUUUGACACAGAAUCAAAGUGUCGCAGAUAUGUCUAAUAGAACGUCUGCAAACCUCUCAAUUUACGAAAAUGAUAUAGAAAAUAAAAGGGAAACGGCAGAUUCAACAGAGUACAACUCAUCAGAAGAACUUGCAACAAUUUUCAAACUUGAUUACAUUGCUAAGCCAGAAGAACCUAAAGACGUAAGCCGAAACAAUAACGAAAACAAAGAACGCAACGACUUGAAUUCCCCGAAACUUGUUAAAACAAUGACUCAGCAUUUGAGAAGGCUUUCAGUUGAUGAAAGUACUAGUCAAAACAAUUCACUGCCAUCUACUGUAGUACCAUGGAGAGCUAAGAGGCAAAAUAGUAAUACACAAAAUGAACAAAAAGGCGAUAGUACGAAGUCAAAGCGCAAUUGGCACGACUCUGGCACGUUGAUGUUAGCUUGCUCGUACACCUUAAUGUUCUCGCAGCACCUGGCAGACUUGGAUUGGUUGACGCUGCUCGGCUUGCUGUUGGCAAUGAUCACAAUUAUCGCCAUGCUUGUAAUUUGAUGUGUAACACCGGUGCUGAUGUAGUUGUACGCAAAUCCUUAAGCCGAAGCCAAACUAUAGCGACAGCAGACUAAUUUUGCGAACGUUAUCCCAAGACGAAGACUAGCUCGCGGAAUAAAAAAAAAGUCAACGGAGCUUUGGUUUAGCUUGAACUUAAAAUAAACGUAAUUGUCGGUUCUUAUGAACUUUGUGUCAAGACAUUCAAUGAAUUCAGCAUUUUUGGAUUCAAGUGUCAAAGGGUGAAAUCGGGAAUAAUGUUUGAAGACGCACGCUUGAAAAUGGAAACAUGGAUCAGUCCUAAACUUUGCAGCUUUGUGUGUAGGUCUAUCCUUUGCAAGAGGGACCAAUAAAGCAAAGAUGGUACUGCUGUUAAAUCUGUCAAUUUAGUAUAGUUAAGGAUUUGUGUACAAUUGAAUCGAUGCCAUUAUACUGAUAUAACCUUGCAUAAGUAUUUUAUAAUUUUAUAUUUUAUUGCAUAAGUAUUAGUUAAUGUUGUAUGCUACUUCAUUUAAGGCACACAGUUGAAAAAUAUUCAAUAUUUUUGAUAAUUGAGCUAUGAAAUUGGCAAAUAUUAGCGGCACUUUGGUAAAAUAGUUUAUUAAAAGUUUUAUUUUAAUUAUAACAUAAAUGUCUCUAAACUAUAUUCAAGCUGUGAUUUAUUAUUUAAAAAAUAAAAGGUGUUUCAAAUACAAAUAAAUAAACUUGGAAUUAUCAUCAAUCAUUGGUUUUCCGCAAUUUGCAUGAUGAAUAAUGAAUAAAUGUUUGCAUGUAUUUUAUUAGUACGUGCUUUAUGAUACAGGUGCUAUUAUGAACGUACACAACGUUAUUGACAGUUCUAAAAGUACCUACUAGGAAAUUAUGGAACACGUACUGUAAUUUUAAUUUACCGAAGAGUUCAGUGCUAGUAGUGAAAAGGACAGCACUACUUUUAGAACUGUCAAUUUAGUUUAAAUAUUUGUGUACAGUCGA